UCUGCGGCCGGUCCCAAAGCCCAUGAAGGAUUUUGUCGCCACGACGAUCGAGCUCGCGAAGCGUGCCACAAGCUUGGGGGCAAGAGGAAAAUGCAUGGCACUCCUCUGCCGUCGGAAGGACGGGAAACACGUGCAAGACUUCAAAGUGAAGCUCCGCCGUACUUGGGACGCCAUCCAAGGUGUGACUCUGCUCGCGUUUUAUGAUGUCUUUCGGGCUACGCUGCUUCCCGGCACGGGCGACAUGGUCAGAGUACCCAAGAACGCCCCACAACUGCCACCGGCGAUUGUGGAGAGGAGGCACCUGAUCGAAGCUACUGUGCAGGACUUAGUGGUGAUGGGUCGAGCGACGAACGCGGCCCAUGUGCUCCGUGGUAUGCCCGGGGGGGGGCAAGACCGUCGCAGCCAAUGCAGUGGUGCGCUCCGAGGACGUUCGCCGGAGUUUCAAGGACGGGAUGUUCUGGGUGCAAGUGGGGCAGGUUGGCACGGGCAACUUACGGUGCCUGGUGGUACUCGAUGAUGUGUGGGACGCACAGAUUGUCCUGUUGUUUCUGCGCAUAGGGUUCGAUUCCUUGGUGACUGCACGCGACCUUUCGGUGAUUCCCCGAG